AUGGUUCUCUCACGAUCGCCCGCUCUUCGGUCACUCUGGGCCCAGUCCAGACGGAUCUCGGCUCCCAGAGUACCGACAACUCGAGCAUGGCAGCGAGUUUCUCGACGAGGCUAUGCCGACCAGGCUCACGGUUCUCAUGAGGCUGGAAGCGAUAUGCCAUGGCUGCUUGGUUCCGUCGCAUUCACUCUCCCAGCCGCAUACUACCUCUACCAGUCCGGCCCUGCGGGAAAGUCUGGCCAUGAUGCCCACCCACACGUUGAACACGCCGUUGAGAAGGUGAAGGAGGUCGUUAGCGAACCAGUCAAGGAAGAGGCCAAGCCAGAGCCAGCCGCCGAGCCAAAGGCUGACCCUGAGGAGACUAAGACUGAGGAACCCAAGGCUGAGGAGCCAAAGUCCGAGGAGCCAAAGACAGAGGAAGCUCCAAAGGCUGAGAGCGAGGCUGAGGAAAAGCCAAAGGAGGAAGAGAAGCCUGCUGAGGCUCCUGCUGAGAAGGCCGAGGAGGAGAAGCCAAAGGAGGAGAAAAAGGAAGAACCUGCUACUGCCGAGGACAAGACUCCUAACCCCAGGGCGCCUACCAAGGAACCUCCUACCAAGUCCAGCUAA